GACGGCAGGGCCGCCCUCCAUGCGCCGUGCCGUGCGAUCGAUGGUGUGCAAGGCGGUACUGCAGGCGAGAGAGCGCCGCGGCCGCCGCUGCUUCUGGAGAGCCUGGCGGGCCCAGGCAGCGACGACGGCUUCGUUGACGGCUGUUUGGACGGCCCUGUCGACGGCGACGCGGACGGGGACACGGCCUGCCCUGGGCCCCCCGCCCGUUCGGAGCCCGACAGCCACGUCCUGGAGUAUCUGGACCGCUUCGGCGCGGCGGUGCUGA